AUAAUUUAUAAUCAGAGUGCGUCUUCCUCAUCCUUGAAGAAAGUAAAGGAAAAACAACAGAGUCCUCAGUUUCAAUCUUCUUAAAUGCUUGUCCGUGAUUCGCUCCAGAACCGGCUCCCUCAAUGAGGAGGUGGAGGUUCGGUACAAGCAAUCAUGACGAAGAAGGCGUCACAGCUCUCCAUUCGCCACCUGUUCUGGCUUGGCUGGAGGUUCGUGAUCUCUCUUAUGAUCGGUCUCUGUAUCUUGACUCUUCUCAGACGACAAAACGAGCUCGACUCUUCGGUGUCUCUCGGAUCUCGUAGCAUGUUAGAUGAUGACAGCUUCGAAGGAAACCCUAAAGUUGCGUUCAUGUUCAUUGCGAGGCGAAACCUGCCUCUCGAUUUUCUCUGGGGAAGCUUCUUUGAGAAUGCUGAUGUGACCAAUUUCUCGAUAUAUAUUCAUUCGGAGCCUGGUUUUGUGUUCGACGAAACGACGACGAGGUCGCCCUUCUUUUAUGAUCGCCAAUUGAUCAAUAGCAUUAAGGUUGGAUGGGGUGAAUCAAGUAUGAUUCAAGCUGAGAGGUUGUUACUCAAAGCAGCUCUCGAGGAUCCAGCAAACCGGAGAUUUGUUCUUUUAUCGGACAGCUGUGUUCCUUUGUACAAUUUUAGCCAUAUAUACAACUAUCUGAUGGCUUCUCCGAGGAGUUUUGUGGACAGCUUUCUUGAUAAAAAGGAAGGCCGCUACAAUCCAAAGAUGUCACAUGUUAUACCAAUGAACAAAUGGCGAAAAGGGUCACAGUGGAUCGCUUUAAUACGGAGUCACGCGGGAGUGGUUGUAAAUGACGAGGUCAUCUUUCCUGUCUUCAAGAAGUUCUGCAAGAGACGCCCACCCCUAGAUGUGAGUAAGGGAAAGAGGAAUGUUAAACUUCAGAAGCAGCACAACUGUAUCCCUGAUGAACACUAUGUGCAGACAUUACUUGCGAUGAGUGAUCUUGAAGGUGAACUUGAACGAAGAACAGUGACAUACACAUUAUGGAACCAGUCUGCGACAAAUAUGGAAAGGAAAGGCUGGCAUCCUAUUACAUUUAGCUAUGCAAAUUCAAGCCCUCAACAAAUCAAAAAAGUAAAGGACAUCAACCACGUAUACUAUGAGACCGAGUACCGGACAGAAUGGUGCAGUAAUAAUUCUACGUUUGUGCCUUGUUUUCUAUUUGCGAGGAAGUUCGCUCAAGGAGCUGCCAUGCGUCUUUUGAGUCAAGGAGUGGUUGGUUCCUUUGAUACCUUUGCAUUAUUAGAAAAACCACCGUGAUUUUUUUUUUCUCAAUGCUUCAAUACUGGGCACUUUAGCAGCAGAUCUAACCCCGGCGAUCUACCCAUCUCAGAAUAUAAUUGGGGCAGCAGAAUGGGAUGCCCAUAAAAAGUUUUGCUGAAAUGUUACACCACAGAAGGGAAAGAUUUUGAUAGCACUCAACCUACAAAAUGUAUAACUUGCUUUUAACCUCAGUUUAAAAAAAGUAGUUUGGAAAAGAAAUUGUGAGAAGUUGUAGCCCAUCUAGGAGUUCAUAAAUUUUUGUUGAUAUAAUUGUAUUAUUGUAGCAGUUUAAUCCAUUACAUUGGUUGAAGAAGUGUUAUUGCCAGUGCCUUUCAUAUUUAA